AUGUUGUUGAAAUCUUUAUUCCCAUCAAUCUUGGCUGCUACUUCAUUCGUUUCUUCCGUGGCUGCCGAAGAUUUGCCUGCUAUUGAAAUUGUUGGUAACAAAUUCUUCUACUCCAACAAUGGAUCCCAAUUUUACAUCAAAGGUAUUGCUUACCAACAAAAUAACUUGGACUCCAACGAAUCAUUUGUUGACCCAUUAGCUAAUCCUGAGCACUGUAAAAGAGAUAUUCCAUACUUGGAAGCUGUCGACACCAAUGUCAUCAGAGUUUAUGCUUUAGACACCAGUCAAGACCAUACUGAAUGUAUGCAAAUGUUGCAAGAUGCCGGUAUUUAUGUCAUUGCCGAUUUGUCCCAACCAGAUGAAUCCAUCAACAGAGACGACCCAUCCUGGGAUUUGGAUCUUUUUGAAAGAUACACUUCUGUUGUCGAUUUGUUCCACAACUACACUAACAUUUUAGGUUUCUUUGCCGGUAAUGAAGUCACCAACAAGAAAUCAAACACUGACGCUUCUGCUUUCGUUAAGGCUGCUAUCAGAGAUACCAAAGCCUACAUCAAAAGCAAAGGUUACAGAAGUAUUCCAGUCGGUUACUCUGCCAAUGAUGAUUCCGCCAUCAGAGUUUCAUUAGCCGACUACUUUGCUUGUGGUGAUGAAGACGAAGCUGCUGACUUUUUCGGUAUAAACAUGUACGAAUGGUGUGGAGACUCUUCUUACAAAGCUUCUGGUUAUGAAUCUGCUACCAACGAUUACAAAAACUUGGGUAUCCCAAUCUUUUUCUCCGAAUACGGUUGUAAUGAAGUUAGACCAAGAAAAUUCACAGAAGUGGCUACUCUUUUUGGUGACCAAAUGACUCCAGUUUGGUCUGGUGGUAUUGUUUACAUGUAUUUUGAAGAAGAAAACAACUAUGGUUUGGUUAGUAUCAAAGACAACACUGUUUCAACUUUGAAAGACUACUCCUACUAUUCAUCAGAAAUCAAAGACAUCCACCCAAGUUCCGCUAAGGCUUCUGCUGAAUCUGCCUCCUCCAUUUCCAGAACCACUUGUCCAACCAACACCAACAAUUGGGAAGCAUCUACAAACUUGCCACCAACCCCAGAUAAAGAAGUGUGUGAAUGUAUGAGUGCCUCAUUGAAAUGUGUUGUUGACGACAAGGUUGAUUCAGACGACUACUCAGACUUGUUUUCCUACAUUUGUGCUAAGAUUGACUGUGAUGGUAUUAAUGCUAACGGAACCACAGGUGAAUAUGGUGCUUACUCCCCAUGCCACAGCAAGGAUAAAUUGAGUUUUGUCAUGAACUUGUAUUACGAACAAAACAAGGAAAGCAAAUCUGCUUGUGACUUUGGUGGUUCUGCUUCAUUACAAAGUGCCAAGACUGCUAGCAGCUGUUCUGCUUACUUGUCCUCUGCUGGCUCUUCAGGAUUAGGUACCGUAUCUGGUACCGUCAGAACCGACACUUCUCAAUCGACUUCUGACUCUGGAUCUGGAUCUUCUUCCUCCUCCUCCUCUUCUUCUUCCAGCUCGUCAUCUGGUUCAAGUGGUAGUAAAUCUGCUGCCAGCAUUGUUUCUGUCAACUUGUUGACUAAGAUUGCCACUAUCGGUAUUUCUAUCGUUGUUGGUUUCGGUUUAAUUACCAUGUAA